AUGGUGAUGAUUGGUUGGGGCUCGAUUUUAGAUCCGUUCGUCGGAUGUUGCAGGUGGUUCAGAACCACCACCGCGCCGGUGGAGGUCGUGAUGGUGUUGGUUAGAUUAGAGAUGGAUGGUAGUGGGGUAGGUGGUGGCGGUGGUGGUGGUUCUAGAGGGAGAAAAUUGCUCCAAAAUAAGCUAUCCCAAACACCCCUUAGAGGAUCGAACAACUGGAAAUUGAGGGAAUCAGAAGAAGAAGAAGAUAGCAGUGGAGUACAAGCGUUGAAGUAUAUUGGCGGAUUUGAUAUCAGUUUCUCUAAACAUCACCCCUCUUCAGCCUGCGGAACUCUCGUUGUUUUGGAUUUCAAAACCCUAGAUGUCCUUUAUGAGGAUUCCUCAAUCGUUACCAUCGAUGUUCCCUAUGUUCCUGGAUUUCUUGCCUUCAGAGAGGCUCCAGUAUUUGUACAACUUUUGAAGAAAAUGCAGGAUUCUUCUCAUCCUUUCUACCCUCAGUUGUUGAUGAUCGAUGGAAAUGGAAUACUUCAUCCUAGAGGCUUUGGCUCAGCUUGCCAUCUCGGGGUUCUUGCUGAUCUCCCCACAAUUGGCGUAGGGAAGAAUUUGCAUCAUGUGGAUGGUCUUACUAACUCCAGAGUAAGGGAGCUUCUAGAAGCUGAAGACAACUUCAACGUAGACUUCGUCCCUUUAGUUGGAGACUCAGGGAACACUUUAGGAGCAGCAAUACAUUCAAGUAAAGGGUCAUGUAAACCAAUAUUUGUUUCAGUUGGCCACCGUGUAUCUCUUGCUUCUGCUGUUGAAGUUGUUAAAAGAACAUGCAAAUACCGUGUGCCAGAGCCCAUCAGGCAGGCUGACAUAAGAUCAAGAGACUAUCUUCGGAAGCAUCAUUGAAUCAUUUUAGACGGUUAUCUCAAGAGACUGCCUACAUUCUACCUAUUUAGUGGGACCUACAUUAGGAGAAGGCGGCGGAGGGUGUUGAAAUACGUGGAGGAAAGAGGCAGAUGAUGAAGAGGAUGAUGAUGCUUACACGUACUGUCGUGAAUCGCUUCACCAUUGUUCAGUCACACUCUCUACGUUGUCACUCGCAAAGCCGUCGCCAGAUGAGCAUGGGAAGUGAAAGUCUUGUUAGCCGGCUUAAGAGUUGUGGAUUAUUACAAACCAAAGGUCUUAUUGGUGGGAAGUGGGUCGAUGCAUACGAUGGAAGGACCAUCGAGGUUCACAACCCUGCUAACGGUCAAGUUAUAGCCUCUGUUGCUUGCAUGGGAGACAAGGAAA